CAACCAAUGGAUAAUAAUAUAAAAUCAUAAAACCAUAAACCCUCUUUCUACUCUUUUCUCAUACAGUUUUUCAUUUUUGCUUCAAUGGCUUCUGCUUUGUCAGUGAACUCUUCGAUCUCUCCACGGCUUUUGCAAUCUUCUUCUUGCACCGAACGCCUUUUCAUAGCCCAUCCGACACCUUUCAAUCUUCUGCGGCCACGCCAGUCUUCUUACCUUUCUACGCUGGCUUUCUCUCGCCGCCGAAACAGCACCCCUGCAACCAUUUCUGCGAAGAAAAAGAAAGUGAAGAAAGGAUUAGUGGAGGAGGAUGAUUUUGAUGGAGACCCUUUUGAAGCACUGUUCAGUCAGCUGGAAGAAGACCUUAAAAAUAAUAAUUCAGAUACGGAAGAUGAUGACGACGAUGAUGAGAUAAAGGAGGAAGACGUUGAUAGGCUUGCAACUGAGUUGGCGGAAGCACUUGGGGAUUUCGAUUUUGAAGCUGAUGAUGCUGAAGAAGAAGAUGAAGAGCCUGUGCAGCUUAAGAAUUGGCAGCUUCGAAAAUUGGCUGCUGUUCUCAAAGUUGGCCGCCGUAAAAGUAAUAUUAAAACUCUUGCUGCAGAACUAUGUCUUGAUAGGGCUGUGGUCCUAGAAUUGCUCCGUGAGCCUACUCCGGAGCUUCUAAUGAUGAGUGCUACUUUACCUGAUGAACCUGUUAAGAGGGAACCGGUGCUUGAAACCAAACAUAUAGAAACUAAUGCUUUGGAGACAACAGUGGAUGCUGUGAAAUAUGAGCCCGAGGAGUCCAAGGUGAAAGAGCCCGUCCAUGUGAUGCAACACAGAUGGUCUGCCCGAAAGAGACUGAAAAAAGUGCAAGUUGAAACCCUUGAAAAAGUUUAUAGAAGAUCGAAGCGGCCUACUAAUGCAAUGAUUAGCAGCAUCGUGCAAGUUACAAAUUUGCCCCGAAAAAGAGUUGUAAAAUGGUUUGAGGAUAAGCGCAAUGAGGAUGGAAUUCCUGAGCAUCACCAGCCAUAUCAGAGGUCUGUUUCUGAAACAGUCUCUUCUGAUUGAAACACUCUGUAUAUUUGGCAUCCAGAACAGUACGUAUGACAUCGUAUCAGACAUUUGGUGCCUUUUUAUGUGCUUCUUAGGCUCAUUAAAAGGAACUGAAAUGUAACAGUGUCAAUGUCAAAGCUCCCAAAAUGAGUGUCUUCCUUUAUGCAACUUUAUUUAUGCACUGGAAUAUGUAACUAGUCUUUAUUUACUUAAGAGCCCCAUAUUGCCUGUUUCAAGCAAGAUGUAUUUGGUUAGUUAAGACUUCAUAUGAAGUACCAGUCUGAUAUUUGAAUGAGUUUUUAUAUUGAACCUUUAAUGUGAGGAAGUUUAUAUAUUGGACCUUCAAUGUGAGGCAAACCACCAUGUUUCUGUUAAAUGCUAAUAUCACUUUAACUGU